AUGGCGUCGUAUUUGGACCACAAUAUCAGCAAUAAUAGCAGAAAUGCCACCACCAUCGACACGGCUGUCCUGGACGCCUUUAUACCGGGCUACUCUGUCCUCUCUCGCUUUCUGGUCUCGUACCUCCAGAUCGAUCUAUCGUACUACCUGCCCUUCCUUGUGAUGGCGGCUGCAGCGACCGCCUCCCUGCGCUACAGUAUUAAAAGAAUUAUCCGUCUACUGGGGGAACACUUCACCUCGACGGCGGAGAUCCGUCUCGACGACGAGAUUUAUAAUUAUCUCAUGUUCUGGAUGGCGCAGCAGCCGUUCACGAAGCGGACGACGCAUUUCGUCGCGGGGACGAAGAUCAGCAGCGGGAUGCGGUACUGGGAUUCCGAUAACGGCGAGGGGUCAGACGACGAGGAUUUCUGCGAGGACGACGACAGCGGCAGCGGGGACAACAGCGACAUGCUGGCCAACUUCGAUCGAUACUGGAAAAAGGUCAUCAGCAAGGACAAGUACCGCACGCUGCGGUUCACGCCCGCCGAAGGCACGCAUUACUUCUGGUACAAUGGGCGCCCGCUGGCGUUCAUCCGGGAGCGGGAGGAGAACAACGGCGGCAUGAGUCUGCGGUGGGUGCCGGAGCGGCUGUACCUGUCGUGUCUGGGAAGGGACCCCAGCAUCCUCAAGGAGCUGCUGGCGGAUGCGCAGCGGGCGUAUGUGGCGCGCGACGGCAACCGGACGAUCAUCUACCGCGGGCAGAAGAGCGGGGUGGACGACUUCGACUGGGUGCGGUGUAUGGCGCGGCCACCGCGGCCGCUGUCGACGGUUGUGCUGGACGAGGCGCAGAAGCAGGCGUUCAUCGACGAUAUCAAGGAGUAUCUGCAUCCGAGGACGAGGCGGUGGUAUUCGAAUCGCGGCAUCCCGUACCGCCGGGGGUACCUGCUGCAUGGCCCGCCGGGCACGGGCAAGACGAGUCUGUGUUUUGCAGCGAGUGGGCUGCUGGGCUUGACACUGUACCUGCUCAGUCUGAACUCGAAGAGCCUCGAUGAGGAUAGUCUGAUGUCGCUGUUUUCGGCGCUGCCGCGGCGGUGUAUCGUGCUGCUCGAGGACAUUGAUAGCGCUGGGAUCACGCAGAAGCGCGCAGAGGAUGAUUCCGCGGCGUCCGCUGUGCUCGUGGAAAAGGACAAGUCCAGCGCCGAGGAGAAGGAGCCCGAAACGAAGGCGAACAAGGGUGUUUCGCUCUCGGGUCUGCUCAAUGUCAUCGACGGAGUCGCCGCCAGCGAGGGCCGGAUCCUCAUCAUGACCACCAACCAUGCGGAGAAGCUGGAUCCGGCUCUUCUCCGGCCAGGUCGCGUUGAUAUGACUAUUGCUUUUGGAUACGCUGACCGCGAUGCAAUGCGCGAGCUCUUCUCGGCCAUCUAUAGCAUGCUCGAGGGCGAUGCGCGGACAUCCAAGAUGAAGUCAGUUAGGAAGGCUCCAUGGCCAAGGGAGAAACAUGUCGACGCUACAGUCACUCAGCGGAAGCGGCAGCACCUGUCAAAAGAAACGAUCGCAGAACUGGCAUCCGAGUUUGCAUCACGCAUCCCGGAGGGUGAAUUCACCGCUGCUGAGAUCCAGGGUCAUCUACUCAACUAUAAGAAUGAGCCGGAGGCUGCUAUCAACGCGGUCGAGGAAUGGGUGAGGAGUGUUCGAGCCAAACGGAAGGAGAAGGAACAGUCCAAAUGA